AUGGUGGAUGAAGAAACGGAUAAAGCGUUGAAGCGGAACACACCGUGCGUUAACGGUCGAUAUUCACCAGAUGCGUCGAACGCUGAACAAGUUCGCAAACAAUUCGUAAUUCUUGAGGAGUAUGCAAAAUUGAAAGGACUUACAUUUGUUGAAGUCGAUACAUCCAAUCGAUUGAGUAUGGAGUUUGUUGAUGCAUUUCAUGCAUUUCACAGAUACUGUUAUAUGUGCGGAUUGAUAAAGCCAGAUCGCUGUCAUCACUGUAUGUCGUGUGGUGCAUGUGUGGUCAAGUAUGAUCACCACUGCCCAUGGAUCAACAAGUGUGUAUCGUACGCUAACUAUAAAUUUUUCGUGCUUUAUCUCUUCUACAGUUGUGUUCUGAUCGCAUGGUGUGUAUUAACAAGCGCCGAGUGCAUCGUUCGGUAUUUUGUACGACAACGUUGGUUGGAUGGAUUGCCGCAUUUCAUUCUUGUUAGUGCAGCCGUUAUAUUGUGUAUGGUGUUUUCGUAUUAUCCACUUGGUCAACUUCUCAUCUAUCACUUCAAGCUGGCAUCACUCAACGAAACAACAUGCGAACAAGCCAAACCACCUAAUAUACGUGGGGAUCCAAAGGCAGAUUAUAAUAUGGGAACGUAUCGCAAUUUGCGUGCAGCGUUCGGCUGGGGCUUGUGGCUAUUUCCGGUUGAAACACACGUUAAUGAUGGAAUGCAUUUUCCGAUUCGUUACACGAUUGCAGCAACUGGAGUUAAGUAUAAUGCAGUCAGCGUUAAAACAAGUGUUUAA